AAUCAGCGUUCAUGCUCCAGUGAGUCUGUGUCUCAUAAAUGAGAUGCUGUACUAAUGCAAAGGAUUUAGCGUGAAWUUAUAGGGAUUUCCAAGUUGUGCACUUCCCCCUUCUACCAGCAGAGAGCGAUCACUUAUUUCCCAGCGACUAAUAGGAGCCUCCUCAGCAAAGUUCAGCAAACAUUUAGAUAAAUGUAACUUUGUCAUGCAAAAGUGUCAUCAUCCUCAGGCCCACUGAGAGGGUUAUUGUUCAGACUUUAGCCCUCUUGAUGUUUCGCAGGAUCUGUUGAUGUUUCAGCCCUUUGAUGGAAGAAGUGACCGUCUGUGUUUUCGGUGUCUGUGCCCAGCAGUCAUUGUAGCACGAACCACAAAACAGACAAACAUCUUUGUCUCGGCUGCAUCAAGGAAUUUGGAYUGUGGCAUUUUUCAAAGCGUGCUGUUAGAGCGUCUGGGUACGUGCGUAUGAUGAUUUAUGGAUUGGAGGUUAUGAGUUUAAUGUGAAGUGGUUUCAGUGCCAAUGAGAAGUCUGCAGAGAACCAUUGUUUGUUCAUUGUCCCCCCUUUUGUUGUUUUUGGUGGCAAAAUGUCCUAUUAUUUCAGAAAAUGGGAGUGGAAAUGUGGAAUUGACCAGGGAAGAGAAAGAAAUCAAGAAGACAGACUUCUACCCUCACCCCUUAUUCAUUUUUUUAUUGGUWAUCUUUGUGGUCUUAAAACAUUAAUCCAGGCUUUCUGAAAGUCUUUCAAACUUUUUCUCUGGACUUAAACGGCUUUAAUUCUCAUUUUUAGUCCAGUGCCUAACCAAUUUCAGAUUUUUAAUUUUUUUUGUUUAUUUUGUUUCAUUUGUUCAGCUUUUAUGGGGCUUAACCAGCCAUAUGUCUGUUAAGUCAGAUCAAGGCACAUAAAAAGUUCCUAAACUCAACGAAUGAUUCAGGGUUGAAUCAACACAUAGCAAAGAACCCAUUAUAAAUUAGAUCUUUAGGUAUAGUUACUAAGGAGUUUGUCAAGAAGAGACAAUUUGUUCCCUUUUUUUACAUUAAAUGCAUUGAAAUGAUCAAAACUACUUGUUGAGAAAACAAAGUAUUACUUUGACACAAACAAGCUGAUUCAUAAAGUAUCAUCAGCUGAAAACUUGGCAAACAUCCACAGGAGAAGUCAUCACUCAGCUCCUGUGUCAGCUCUUUGUUGGGCUUUUUCCAACUUCUAAGGAUUUUCAGACAGUUUUCAUUUUCUGUAGAUUGUUCUUUAUAGGUUGAAAAAUUCUUCUUUCCACUUGCCUACUGUUCUCCUUUAGGUGCAGACUACACAACGUUCAGUAUUAAAAUAAUCAGGUGUAAGAACAGUACUGAAGAGGGUUAAAAAGUCUGGACAUGGAAAAACAAAUGGACAUGCCGUUAAAGACAAGAAAAGAAAAUUUCCAUGAUGCAAACUAUAAAUAAAUUCAGAUUUAUUUAUUAUUUUGUUUACAUCAUAGUUAUGCACAAUUAGUUAGAUGCAUAAUACAUUUAAGUUAUAUGUGUUGACGACACAGGGUCAUCCUUUCAUUUUGCAUGACUCAUUUUUUUUAAAAAUCUUAUUUUAAAUAGUAAAAAAAACAGUCCUGGGAAAAUGAUGGAGUACCAGGACUGGAUUGCAUAAACUGACAGACAAAGGUAGACACACGGACAGACAAAUGAAAACAGAGAAAUUUUGUUUGAUUCCCACAGUGACCACGGCCAAUAGGAAAUAACCCUCCCAGUUUUGAGAAAGGAGGUGGGGUGGCAGAGAUUCAGACUCAGGCAGGCUUYACAGUGACUCAAACACGCUCAAAGACAGACUGCAGACAGUCUCCUCAGAACUAAGAUACAAGCUUACUGUGACCAACCCUCAGCWUUUUUCUCUUCAACCAGAAACUUUACAAAAAAAAAAAACCCUUAAAGGUAGAGGAGGAAAACGAAAGAUGAUAUGCAACAUGGUCAGGAGGAUGUGAAACUGAGCAGGUUCUUCACUUUUUUACAAUAUCUAGUUAAGAAAAAAAAGGGGACCAGGACGAGCCUGAGGAUACUACAGAUUAUGUUGCCAUGGAAACCAAAACCUGGAAGCGGACACGAGGACCACUGAGUGUGGACAAACUCCUUUGACUGCAUCUUCAAAGCAAUAYAAUCCUGCUGCACACUGUGGUGAGAGAAUGCUGUGGAGAAUAACUAUUCCCAUCAUACUUGCUGGGUUUUUCUGCAUGACAGCAGAAACCAAAAAGCCCCGUCCGCAGGGCUCCAUACCCUCCCCGUACAAGACAAAAGGAAACCUGUCGGCGGACCACCACCACAGACUACUGCAGCAGAAGCCGGAGGUCCUGUCUUCCAGCCGAGAAGCCCUGGUCGUGACUGAGCGCCGCUACCUCCGGAGAGACUGGUGCAAGACCCAACCRCUGCGUCAGACGAUCAGCGAAGACGGGUGCCGCAGCCGCACCGUGGUCAACCGCUUUUGCUACGGCCAGUGCAACUCCUUCUACAUCCCACGCCACAUGGGCCCCAGCUCGGGUCACGGACCGAACCGAGGUCAGGCCUCAGGUUCUGGGAGAAAAAGCAACAACAAAGCUCAAGAACCUUUUCAGUCCUGCUCCUUCUGCAGGCCACACCGCAUCACACAGCUCACAGUGCAGUUAGACUGCCCCGACCUGCAGCCCCCCUUCAAAUACCGGAAGGUGCAAAGGGUCAAACAGUGCCGCUGUAUGUCUGUGGAUGUGAGUGGUCACGGGAAGCUGUGAAGGAGAGCCUAAAGGUCCCGAGUUCUUCCGAGGAACUUGCAAAAGCAAGGAAUGAAUUCAAUUGGAACUAUCCAAGUAUUUUUUUGUGCAAAUGCUUURUCCUACAUUACAAAACAAUUAAAACGUGUGAUACAAAGGAUUACCACUGGCUAAAUUAAAAACAUGCAGCCAAGCUGUCAUGUCAGUGCAGCUGAAAAAAAAGGUGAUAUUGGUCUUUGGGUUUAACGAUGAGCAACGUUUCCCUGACUGAGAUUCCACAAAUACCCAAAUGAACUAAAUGCCUUUUCACAAUCUACAAAACAAUACAAACACUGAAAAUGACUGUGCUGUCCAUACAGCAUUUGGAAACUUUUCUAAACAAUGCAACCACUAUAAUUUUAUUUUUUGCAGAUGUUUGAGAAUUACACAGCUUGCCCAAAUGUUUGCGCCACUUAUUUUUUUUAACAUCUAUUGUGUCCAUUAUCUUCCUUUGUUUUGAUAAGGAUGUCUUCAUUGUUGGGAAAAGAAGAUCAAGAAACAUGAAGCUACACAGCAACGACCAUKAUCCACUUGGGUGCAAGCAGACCGUUUAUCAUUUACUAGCUAGAUAAAUAAAAACCUUCUGCAGCAUUUGUAAUAGUGGUGCAGAGCUAUAUAUACACAAGUUKUUUUUUAUGUUCAUGUAAUUAUGUUUAAAUAUAUUAAAUCUAUUUCAUAUGAAA